UGGUGAUAAAUUUUAUUAAAUGUUAAUUGAACGGAUUUAUUUAAAUUCUAACAUUUCUAAGAUGUUUCGAAGAAGAGCAAUACCGAUGCGAUUAAUUCUCCAAGGAAAGAGAGGCAUCAUCACAGCCGUAGUACAUAAGAGCAAUUGGUGUAGAUGUGUACCGAUUACUCAAUUUCAACAAGCGACGCUUAAGGUAACCCAUCAGCCGCUGCGCAAGCUACACGCCAGCUCCGUUCUGCUGGAGAGUCAAGACGUGAAGGUUCCCGGAUUCCCGGAUUCCAUCUCCAGUGGAGACGUCAAGUUGUUAAAGAAAGAAGGCGAUGCUAUUGCCAUGGACGAGGUGGUGAUGGAGAUUGAGACGGACAAGACUGCUAUACCGGUGGUGUCUCCAGGACACGGCGUCAUCACCAAGAUGCUGGUCAAGAACGGACAGUCCGUCAAACCACAUCAACAUUGUUUUACGAUGGACGUAACAGGGGUAGCGCCCGCUAAAGCAGCUGCUCCGGCGGCUGCGGCGGCGGCGCCAGCAGCCAAGCCGGCUGCGGCUCCCGCUGCGGCCGCCGCGCCCGUCGCCGCUGCGCCCGCCGCCCCGGCCGCCAGCAAGCCCGUCGUCACUGUGUCCGCCACCAAAGCAGCAAAAGGACCAUCUCUCGAAACCAUGAGAAUUGGCGACCCGACAAAGUCGAUAUCGGGCACCCGCACCGAGCACCCGGUGCCGAUGAACAAGAUGCGCCAGCGCAUCGCCGAGCGCCUCAAAGACGCGCAGAACACCGCCGCCAUGCUCACCACCUUCAACGAGUGCGAUAUGAGUAAGCUCAUGGCUUUCCGCAAGGCAAAUUUGGCAGCAUUCGUUAAGAAGUAUGGAGUGAAACUCUCUUUUAUGUCUCCUUUCCUGAAAGCUGCCUCUAAUGCCCUUAUGGAUCAGCCCGUUGUCAACGGGGUAAUCAGAGGAGGUGAUAUUGUAUAUAGGGAUUACGUAGAUAUAUCAAUCGCUGUUGCUACCCCCCGCGGAUUGGUCGUGCCCAUACUGCGCAACGUUGACUCCAUGGACUACCCGCGCAUCGAAUUGGCAAUGAACGCAAUCGCUGAGAAAGCGAAGAGUGGCAAACUAACACAGUCGGACAUACAAGGCGGCACGUUCACUGUUAGCAACGGCGGAGUGUUCGGGUCACUGCUCUCGAUGCCCAUCAUCAACUUGCCCCAGUCUGCCAUCUUGGGCAUGCACGCCAUUAUACAGAGACCUGUCGCUGUUUCCGGCAAGAUUGAAAUAAGGCCUAUGAUGUACCUCGCUUUGACGUAUGACCAUAGGCUAAUCGAUGGCCGCGAAGCUGUGCUUUUCCUAAGAAAAAUCAAAUCAGGAGUUGAAGACCCCACAUCAAUAUUAGCAGGAAUUUAAUUUUUUAAAGUAAAACUAGGUUUAUUACCGUGUUGGGGACCUAGUAUUCUCGUCACAUGCGCCUUGUACAGUAGGAACGGAGAAACAAAUAUGCCGUGACAUUAGCAUUUUCAGUUUAACUGCUGUCAGCAACGGCAUCAUCUUUUAAGGGUUUUCAAUCUGAUGGGAAAAUGUCCUUUUUUGCUUACUGGUUCUUUACCACCAUUACAGAUAUUCUAGAUUGAAAGUUUUACAGGAAGGUGAGUAGUGUGGGAAUUUCUCCACUUACCUAUUGUUCUUUAGAGGUAGUCUAAUACGUGAAGUAUUAAUUUUUUUACGUCUCUUAUGUACGAAUUUAUGUGGGAAGAGUUUUACGUGGGUCUUGAAUAAAGUAUGGUUUUGUAAUUA